UUGGACGCCACUCAACAGGCUAGCGACAAUGGAGGAGAUACAGGAACCCAACAGGGCUGACCUGGUGAAGCCGCCCCCGCGGUUCCCUCCGUUCCCCAAGCCUCCGGAAGGCGUGACUAUCAUACCUUUCAAGGACUUCAAGCCGAGUGGUAUACAGAUACGUAUCGCGGGCGAAGGUCAGGUGGAGAUCGACGGGCUGGGUAUACCUACGGUCGAGCUGCGCGUCAAGCACGAUGGAACUGAUGGACAUGGCAAGAAGCGGAAGAAGAAGAAGAAGAACAAUGCGUUCGCCGGCGGUCCUGGAAACCUCCAGAGGCCUUGGUGGGAGGUCUGGGAAGAAGGCGAAGCUCUGCGCUGCGGAUAUUAUGACUUGGAGACGUCCAUAUCCGAACGGAUCUUCCUAGCAUCCCACGACUUCAUUCAGGGCAGACCGUGGCCUCAGGUCAACGAGGGUCUCCGUAACCUCUGGGACCAGUUCAGAUUGUACGUCGGUCUCAUGUCUCACCCUGUCCAACCUCCGUCCAAGAAACGAGUGAGAGCCAUCAUCCAAGCCGGAGGGAUCGACGACCCAGAUGAAGAUGACGAGGGCGAGUACUCCGACGAGGAUGUUAUGCCCAACGCCGUUCCGCCACCUAACGCAGUCGACGACGAGGACCUCGACGACCCCGAUGCCAAAGAUCCCAUGCAAGAGCUGGAGGAAAUUACUGCGGAGCGACUGUUGAAAGAGCGCCAGGAGAAAACCGAGCAGCAGCGGGAGGACAGGAUGGCUAGUUUCAUCCGCGAUCCGAACACCAAUAUUCGUAUCUUCCUCUCAUCUUACUUCAGGGACCAAGGCCUUAUAUGGUCCGAGCCUCGUUGCCGCGAUGCGCCUCUCCUCCUCUUGUUCUGGCUCAAGUAUAUGCUACGGAGUCGUGCCUUAGACGCUUCUGUCGACGGCGAAGAUAUAAUUAAAAACGCGAAAGGAGCCAUCGAAGCCGCCGAGAUAGCUAAGCGGGAACUCCCUGCGACCCACAAGAUCGCCCACGCAUUGCCCUGUCAAUUCAGCCGCGGUUCUCGAGAGCUCUGGGGAACAAGGUGCAUAACAUGGGAAGACAUGGAAAAUCAGUACGGCGGGAAGAACACCAGCAUGACCGCCGCCGCCACCUUCGCCUCCUCGGAAGACGACGACCAGGACGCGAAACGGCGCAAGCUCGACAUGGACGAAAUGGACGAGGAGCAGCGGUUCAAGAAGGAAUUGGCGGACAGCGGCGUCGAGCUUCUCGACGCUAGUAACGACGUUCACAUGCACAACGAUGCAGCGAAGAGAACUGCGCUACAGGAUAACGUGGAUCCCGAGAACGCCAAGGUAGCUGCCGAUGAGCCCGCUCCAUCUUCUGGUUGGGGCGACAUCUCUUCAUGGGGCGAUGGUGGUCAGGCGUAUGUGUCUCCGUCCGUCGCGGGCGUUGAAGGCCUCAGUGACUGGGGAAAGCCCGUUGCAAAGCCGGUCAGUGCGCCCUGGGGAAUGGCGGACGAGAAGACGACCGAGCCUGCCAACCCUCCGGACUCGCUGUCGAACCCCUGGGACCAGAACGACCCUGCUAACAAGUCCGACUGGGACAUCGGACCAAAGGACUGCCUGCUCGCGGUGCUGGGUCCAACGGUCUUCCCGCUCGUGUUUGACACGGGUGUGGUGGAAUGGAGUACCAGGCGCAUUGUGCGCGUGGAGCCUCCCGCGGCGUCGACCGUGGACUUGUCGGGCUUGACUCCCUCUGAAGUCGUGGAAGAAGACUUGAAUGCGAGGCUAGGCAAGGUAGUCAUGGCUCCGUGGCCUGGUUGGGACAAACACGAGAAGUCUGACAUCACCAGACCGGUCAUACUGCCCAAGUCCAAGGGCAAGGUAAUCAUGCCGGGCGAUGCUCAGGCAGAUGAAAGCAGCGGCAAUGUCAAGGCUCAUAACCCGGUUGAGGAUGAGAUUACGGUUCUCGUAGACCCGGCUGGUCUGGAUAAGCUGGUCAUUGGUAUGGGCCUUGGGGCGACGUGGAUCCAGAUUGUACCGCAGGACGAGACUGAGGCUGCGAAGAGGCGUUCGCGACCUGGUCAGUAUUGGUACAUGGAACAGAUGAUGCACGUUCUUCCUAGCUUCCAUACCGAGGCCUGAGGAGGCCUGAGGGUUGACCCCAGAUGUGGCUUUGCACCUGCUUGAUUUCUCUGAAUUGUACUAUAGUCUCCCCUUACGUGGAAGCACUUAUGGC